AGUCAAAUUUUGACAUCUUUUGGAUUACAAAACAUUGAAACGACCCUUGAUUAUGACAUAUUUGCAUGCUAGAAGAGGAGAGAAGAGAAAUUCUGUUCCUGGUGAGGGAUAUUGGUUAGAUGCGGAAGUUCCUGUUUAGGAAUGGCAUCUCUAAGACUGUGGCGGAUGUUGAAGGACUGUAACAAGUCUAUAUCACACGAUAAGCUCAAGUUAUCGAUACGACAAGCUGCAAUAGCCUUCCGAGAUGAGUGGAUGCAAAGGCCGAUGGUUUCGGCGCCGUCGCCGGGCAUUUUGUGUCUCAAACUCGGGGUGGGUCCCGGGUAGACAGGCCGUCAGUAUGUACAUAUAAAUAUCGAUGAUAACGGCACCGGCCAGAUCUUUAUAAGUGUGUUAUGCGAUGGUUCUGCGAUUGUGCCAGAUAGGGUCCCGAUACUUUAGUCAGGCGUAUUCUUUCGGCCUCUGCAGACAUAGCUACCGUAGCAUCCUCUUGAUCAACUGUGUCAUCGCUAUGAGGUAUAUUCCUGUUUCGGCUUCCUUCAACCACAAGAUAGCCAACUUCCAGUAUCUCAAGAUCUUGCUUAACCUCUGCGUCACACCAUGCUUCAUAGACCCUUCUCGAACAGGGGCACACAAGACUCACAUGGCCGAGUCUCGACUAAUUCUUGGAACGGCUGCAAUGACGUUAUUGCUAACCGUUGAGCGCCAAGAGACAGGGGUUCACUCUGGCAGAGAAUGUGGGAUAGUGAACAGUCGUGAUUGGUGGUAA